GCGAGGGAGUCGCUCGCCCUUGCGCUCUCCACCGUGACGUGCUUGCCCGCGGCGGCCUGCUCGACGAGAGUGGGCGCCACCGACAAGUAGAGCUCGCAGGGACGUGAUGCGCGAUCCGGCCGUGGCGGCGGACGGGCACAGCACGGUGCAGAUGCUUGGGUCAUGCGGAGAAGCCACGGUGGACGAGACAGCCUGUCUCGCCAGCCUGCCCGCUGAGCUCCUCGGCGCUGUCCUCCCGGCGGCCGGUCUCGUGUCGCUGGCGUCCUCCUGCAGCGCAAUGCGGGACUCGAUGGCGCCAUUUGUGAACGGCUGGCUGGAGCGCGGCCUCGACGCGCUCUUCCGAAAGGCGUGUGGGCAUGAGACUGCCGGCGCCAACCUCUACGGCGCGCGCGAGAGGUGGUCGGCCUUUGUUGCCGCGCGGAGGUCGCUCGCCCUAGCCAAGUGCUCGCUGCGCCUCGAGGAGAUCCGGCUGCUCCUCCACGCCCACCGCCUAGCUCCCGCGGCAGGGCUGCGCCACCUCUCGCUGCGCAACAACGGCCUGGGGGACGAUGCGACGGCGCAGCUGGCUCGCGCGAUCGGCUCCGGAGCGCUCCGGUGGACGGAGACGCUCUUUCUGUGCGGCAACCACAUCACGGACCUUGGGCUGCGGUCGCUCGUCGAGGCGGUGCAGGAGGGAGGCGGCGGCGCGGCGGCGCACGGCGGCGCGGCGGCGCCGGCGCCGACCGCGCUCUGCAAGCUCCACUGCGACAACAACCGGCUCGGCGACGGCGCCCUCUUCCACCUCGGCGCCUGCCUCUCCCGCGCGCCGAUUGGCCGGCUGCGUCUCCUCUCGCUCCGCACGAACGGCAUCGGCGACGUUGGCUUCGGAGGGCUCGUCCACAGGCUGCUCGGCGCUUUGCCCGUGCUGCUGCCUCGAUUGCCAGAGCUCCGGCUCGGCGCGAACCGCAUCAGCGACGCGGGGCUUGAGAGUUUGGUCGAGGCCCUGCAGGAGGGCGUGCGCGCACACCCGGCGCUAAAGCGGACCCUGCAAAACAAGAUCGGCGCGCUGGACCUCAGCGAGAACCCAAUGGGCGACGGCGCCCUCAUGGCGAGAUUCGAAUCUCUCACGAUGAGGAACAUCGGUCGCUUCCUGUAGCUCUUGCCCGAUAGGCGGCUUCGGUAAGCUCUAUCCGCUGUGCGCUCUGGGGUGGUCUCUCUCGGGGUGGUGCUUUUGUGCACACAUAUCAAGUGCACCCCCCGAAGUAAAAGGUCACGGACAGC